AUGAAUACCUCAGACAAACAGGGGGCACCUCCUUCCACAGUGACGGAUGCCGUCCUGGUCCCUUCAAAUGAAAUGCCGAGAGAUGCCCAGAAAGUCGAAGAGCUGGAUUUCAACAAGUUUGCUGGACGACCAAUCACUGUUGAUGACCUGAUGAGUGGAAUGAAUUACAUGGGGUUCCAAGCAAGCUCAAUAGGAGAAGCAGUGCGAAUUAUCAAUGGCAUGAGAGCAUGGCAAGAUCCAGAAACUGGUGAUAAGACCACCAUCUUUCUUGGUUAUACGUCGAACCUUAUUUCUUCCGGCCUUCGAGGCACCCUCCGUUAUCUAGCUCAGCACAAACAUAUUUCAGCUAUUGUGACCACGGCUGGCGGCAUCGAGGAAGACCUUAUCAAAUGUCUUGGAGAUACAUACAUGGGCUCGUUCUCCACACCCGGAGCUGAACUCCGGAGCAAAGGUCUCAACCGAAUUGGGAAUCUCAUUGUCCCCAAUAACAAUUACUGCCUGUUCGAAGAUUGGGUUGUCCCUAUUCUAGACAAAAUGUUGGAAGAGCAGGAAGCAAGCAAAAGCACAGAUGAGCCCAUCAACUGGACACCUUCGAAAGUCAUCCAGCGACUUGGGAAGGAGAUCAACGACGAACGCUCUGUCUAUUACUGGGCAUACAAGAACGACAUCCCUGUGUUCUGCCCUGCACUCACAGAUGGAAGUCUGGGAGACAUGCUGUACUUUCAUACUUUCAAAGCCUCGCCUUUACAGCUGAAGAUUGACAUUGUCGAGGACAUUCGAAAAAUCAACACUAUUGCUGUGCGUGCUAAGAGAGCAGGGAUGAUCAUCCUAGGAGGCGGAGUUGUGAAACACCAUGUUGCCAACGCUUGCUUGAUGAGAAACGGUGCAGAGAGUGCAGUAUACAUCAAUACAGCGCAAGAAUUUGACGGGAGCGAUGCUGGUGCUAGACCUGAUGAAGCUGUCAGCUGGGGGAAGAUCAAGGUUGGAGCUGAUAGUGUGAAGGUUUACGUCGAGGCAACGGCUUGCUUCCCGUUGAUUGUUGCUGCAACAUUCGCAAAGGACGCAAGUAAACCUUGA